AAUUACUCUUUUUUUAUUAUUCAUCUCUUGUAAUAACAAGAGCUUUUGGUAUUUUCUCAAAUUUUGGUCUUUUGACCUGGUCAAGGGAUUAUUUGCAGUAUAAAAUUUGUAUUUUGAUAGAUAUUUUCUUCAUGGUUGGAGUGGAUUUUUGUGAGGGAGGGGAUUUUCCUUUUUUCCUUCUAAAUUGGAUUCUUUCCACAAUCUGGAUCCGAAUAUUUAACUUAAAUAUCUGUUUUAGAAAAUUAUUCUGGUUUUUCACAUCACAGUUUACUUCUGCUGUCUUCAAUAGAACCUAUGCUUUAAAAUAUGCCGAGUUUGCUUCUUCAGUUCCAUGAUGAUUUGUUUGUUGUUGGAUAAUAAUAAGAAUGCUACGAUGGAUUUUUGGCAUGUGUACGCAGUCUAUGGAAUCUUUUUACCUUUAUAUGGUCUCACUGGAGAUGGAAAGGAUGAAUCAUUUUUUGACUCAAAAGCCUGGCUGGACUCAGACUGUGAAGAUGAUUUCUACAGUGUCAAGGGUGAGUUUACUCCAUCUCGUGGCAGCACUCCAUUGCACCACAUUUUUCUCAACAAAACCCCUUCUUCUGAGCCUGGUUCUGUUCCUGAACCAUCCCCAACAACACAGAAGAAAAAGUUGUUGGAUCUCUUCCGCGAAAGUGUGAGAGAAAAUCGAAGUGAAGAUGGUGAGAACAAUUUUGACAGUGAAAUGAAAGAAGAGAAAGCAAGAAGUGCAGAUGAAGUUCCGAAAUCUACACACAGCACUCCGUAUGUGUCAUGGUUCAACAACUCUGUAUGUAGCAGUGAAAGAACAAUGAAUGGUGAUCAUGUAUCCCUCAGAGAAAAAACUGUUAAAUCUGUGCAGGGGUGCCUUCCAAGCUUGGCUUCAUGCCGUAGCUUCAGUGAGAGGAAGAGAAAGACAAGUCUUGCAAUUGCAGCUAAUGGAAAAGCUUAGACAUGAUCAUCAAGAUCAAUGAACUCAAUAUCAUAUUGUACAUCUUUAACGUUAUCCUUGUAAAGAACCUAGUAGCAAUAUGAAUUUCAAAGUGUGUGUGCACAAACGGAAGAGAUGUUAUAUAUCAAUAAGCAAUCAGAUUUUUGUUUCAUAAUCAAUGUAAUAAAUUUGGUUGCGAAGUAUUACUUUCAUAAA